AUGCUCAACAAAGGUGCUCGUAUCAACAACAGGCUCAAGAAUGCCGCCCGUGCCGUCUCCUCCGCGUUAAACAAAGACAGCCGCGAAGCCGGCGCUGACGGAGAUGACGAUUCCAAAGUGCCCACCAAGGCAGAACUGAGCUCAUUAACUUCAAAGAUGGACUCAGACAAGACGGGCAAGGUAGACUUUGGCUCGUUCUUCGCUGCCAUGGCCGCCUUCAUGAAGCCGAAGUACGGGCGAGAGAAGCUCGACAGAGCUUUCGACGAAAUAUCGGGGGGGUUGGAUGAAAUCGACGCCACUUUUCUCCAUCGGACGAUGGUUCACCUGGGCCAGUCGACCAUUCGCUACGCCGAUUGCGAGGCUAUGAUCUGCGAAGUGGAUCGGAAUGGUCACGGGCGUAUUUCGAAACGUGACUUUCAUCAUCUGCAAACGUGCACCACCGACAAUAUAUGA